CAUCACCAUCAUCAUCAUCAUCAUCACCACUACUCCCGUCUGAUGGCACGCAAUAUGAAUUCGUUCAUUUGCGCGGGAGAACCUACCACCGCGGACAAUGAGCGCCACAUUGGGCGAAUUAAAAUAUCAUGCGAGCGACCCCUAGAAGCGAAGAGCUCGAAACCAAUUUUUCCAUGAGCCUCCGAAACCAUGGAUGAAACAUUGCGCUGAGCCCCCCACGGCGGAAUUGUACACAAAGUCCCCCUCCCUGAAAAGGAGUGAAUUGUUUUGGCUGUUGAAACUCAAGCUGCCAGUGUAGUUCUGGCUGUUCAAGAUCAAACUGCCAGUGUAGUCCAGUGUGAUAAGUUCUGGGAACUUGAACAUGCAAGCAGUUAGCCCGUACUGGUCGUCAUAAUUUGGGUUAUCGCCGCUCCUAGCAUAAUUAUCAUGGCCGUCGUUACCAAAUCUGCCCUCUGUGCUGCGGAAGUCGUACGAGACCCGCCCCAUUUCCAACAUACAGGCGAGAACCUUCACCAUGUGCUCCGGCGGGCCCACCAACCAACCGCUGUUCACGUGACGGACAUCCUUACGAUCGCCAUGCUCGAAAAUAGAUUUCCCCUUCAACUGGAACGCAUCCAAGACAUGAUCUCGGCGCUCAUCAAACGUGCCAUAAUUGAAGUCAUCUGUUGGCGGCCAGAUAUCACGCUGCACACCCGCGACGACAGGAGCACCACCAGAGGACACGGAGAUCUUGGUGUACCGUUUGACGAGCUCUUCGUUGCUGCACCCUCCAAAGGCCAUGUCAAAUUCAUCCAUGACGACUAAGAGAGUGUCGUUGACACCCUGGUCGACCAACUGGGAGGCCUUCUCCCAAUCCCAAUUUGAUACUUUUGCACCUUGGUGUUGAAGCCCGUCCACUCUGCGCCAGCGCAGACGUUCUCAACGUGUUUGCCGCCACCGACACCUUUCAAGGUCACACUGGUGUCUGCUGACCGCGUGUUGCAUGUCGCCAGCGUCGGUCCUCUCGUAAACCGCGACGGCUUCGGCGCCACCACGUCGUACUGUGCCCAGCAACCGUUGUUGACGUGCGUGCAGUUGCUGCCCCGUAGGUGGCACAGCUUGGCUCCGUCGCACGAUUUCUGGUAACCGAAUCCUUUGCACCCUGGUGUCUUCUGACAUGAAGCUGAGCACUCUUCGAGGGAUACGCUGUGUAAGCUGCCCAGCCCAAUGUCGUCCCAGUUGUCGCAGCCGGUGUUCGGAUGCUCCACAGUGGCAGCCAUCGGCGUUGGCGACACCAUGACGUGCUGCGCCAUGCAGCUGUUCUCGCGAUGCGUGCAGUUGCCGCUCCAGAGCUUACACAGCCGAGCUGGGUCACAUGAUUCCUGGUAGCCGAAUCCUGUGCAACCUGGCUUCUCCUGGCAAGCAGCGGCACACUCGCCGACGGACACGCUGUGUAAUCCAUUGGCCAAACUGGAUGUCCCGCCAAUUUUCGCAACCGGUGCUCCGAUGCUCCACAGUCGCCGCGAUUGGUGUUGGCGACACCAUGACGUGGUGUGCCAUGCAGCUGUUCUCGCGAUGCGUGCAGUUGCCGCUCCAGAGCCUGCACAGCCCAGCCGGCUCGCACGACUCCUGGUAGCCGAAUCCCGUGCAGCCCGGCUGCAGCCUGCAGGCAACGGCACACUCGCUGGGGGACGUGCUGUUCAGUUCGCCCGACAAAAUGUCCUGCCAGUUCUCGCACCCGGUGCCCCGAUGCUCAACAGUUUUCAGGACCGCGCCCUUCCCCUGGGAGCGAAAGCCCUGGCCACGGGGCGCCGCCUGCAUCGCCCACGACGCGGCCAGCGCGGCCAGCCCGAGCAGCCCGAACACUGGCUUCCAGCACCCCCAGGCUUGCCGUGCUCGCCUGCCGUCAGGCGCUGGUUCCAACGGACCACCUGCCAGGGAGAUCUGCUCGUCGAGGCAGUCAUCAGGCACCGCCCCCGCCUGGCGCGGCGCCGCGCCCAGAUCCCUGUUGCCGAGGAGGCGAAGCAUCCCUCGGCCGUUUCUCGGCCUCCGCGAGCCUCUCUCCCUGACCAGCACCUUGAGCCAAUCGGCAAAGGAUCUAACGUAUGCAGCAUGAAAGGGAUACAACCAGCCUUCGUGAUUGGAUACGUGCAAGCUCUUGCGUUCGAGCCGUG